AUGUCCCCCGACACACGUAGAAAUGAAAGUAGACAGCGCGGGAAAUACACCACCAGAGCAUGCGAGGAGUGUCGACGGCGACGAGCGAAGUGCGAUGGAAACAAACCAUCCUGCGCCAGAUGCUCCCAAUGGCGGAUCUCGUGCCAGUAUUCUGUCACGGAGGAUGGUCGGAGGCCAGCGUCCAAGACAUAUGUACUUCUCCUGCGACAGAGGAUAGAAUCGCUAGAAAGACUCCUGGAACGGCAUGGGAUUGAUGCAAGGGAGUCGCAAGUACCCGCACAGCUGCCGUUAGAUACGAAACCCGGCAGGAACGGCGACACGUCUUCGGAGAUAGAUAGCCUGGCCGAGAAUUUCAAGGGCAGGCUGGCUCUGGACGAAUCGCUGAAUUUCGACCAGGACGGCGAGAUGAGGUAUUUCGGGCCGACUAGUGGCCGACUGCAGUUCCAGGGCUCGUCCAGUAAUCGAGUCAGUAUUGAUGGCUCAGCGUUUUCGGUCUCCCCGCCUGAUCAAGUGUCUGAUAGCUAUGGCUAUAUCGACCCCAUUGACCCGAUCACGGCUGGCAUGGGGGUCCCGAAGGACGUUCAGGACCACCUAAUCGAUCUGUAUUUCCGGUGGGAGCAGCCAUGGUAUGCUGUGGUCGAUGAAGAGCUCUUCAGGGAAAGUAUGAAUAAUGGUGGACGUUACUGGACGCCGCUGCUGCAUAAUUGCAUUCUCGCUCUGGGGUCGCGGUAUUCCGACCGUGUCGACGUGCGAUCGGAUCCCGAUGAUCCAAAUACGGCGGGGAAAGCAUUCCUCGAAGAAGCGAAAACCCAGCUGCACAGGGAGAUGGAACGGCCCAGUCUUACCACUAUCCAAGCAUUAGGUCUGAUUGGCAUGGUGUAUAUUGCGAUGGGGGCCGAUGCUGCUGGCUGGCUGCACCACGGGAUGGCGAACCGGCUGAGUCUCGAUAUGGGCCUGAACCUGGACCCGGCUGGAUUUGAAGAGACGAAUGCGAUGACGCCACGGGAGAUUCAGCUCAGAAGACAGAUAUACUGGACCCUGUACUGUCAUGAUAAGCUGUCCUCUAGCUACACGGGACGAAUCUGCUCCAUGCUUAUGGGCACCCAAACCACUCCUCAAGGAGCACCAACGACCGGCCUUCCUCAAGUCCUGUCUCCUAGACCUGAGGUCCUGGUUCUACGACCUCCCCACAGAAUUACGAAUCGACCGCGCCAACGACAUCCCCCAAGCUUACACACUCCACAUGGUGUACCACACAGCCAGAAUCCUGCUGGCCAAACCAUUCAUCAUGAGGGAGAUUCCGCCCUCGAAGCCCAAAAACGAAACCACGGACCUAGCCCACUCCAUCUGCCGCGAAUCCGCCCGUUCCAUCUGUCUCGUCGCCCAGAAAUACCGACACACGUUCGGAGGAUACCAUCUCAGCCCAAUCACGGCAACACAUUGCACAUUAUCGGCAGCGCUGGUCCUGCUCGACGAAACUGA